AUGUUCGACCGGGUCGCACUAGCACCACCGGACGCCAUUCUGGGUUUGGUAGAGGCCUUCCAGGCCGAUCCGCGGCCAGACAAGAUAAAUCUCGGCAUCGGGGUCUACCGCGAUGGCGACGGGCGCACGCCGGUGUUCGGCGCCAUCGCCGAAGCCGAGCGCCAGCUGCUGGCUCGCGGAGCGGCCAAGGUCUACCUACCGAUCGACGGCAUCGCCGAAUACAACCGGGAGAUCAACGGCCUGGUGUUCGGUGCCGAGCAUCCGGUGCGAGCCGAGCAGCGCUUGGUCACGGUGCAGACUCCGGGCGGCACCGGCGCGUUGCGGGUAGCAGCUGAUUUCUUGCGCGCGAUCACGCCACGACCGGUUCUUUGGCUCGGCGAACCGAGCUGGCCCAACCACCGGCCACUAUUCGAAAGCGCCGGCUUCGAGGUCCGCACUUAUCGCCAUUUCGAUCCCCACAGCCACGGCCUGGCCUUCGACGAGAUGAGCGAGGCGCUGGCGCGGGUCGAGCCGGGCGACGUGGUGCUGCUCCACGGCUGCUGCCACAACCCCUCCGGUGUCGAUCCGAGCGCCGACCAGUGGCGGCAGAUCAUCGACCGAUUGAGCGAGCGCCGGGCCCUGCCACUGAUCGAUCUCGCAUACCAGGGUUUUGCCGCCGGACUCGAAAAGGAUGUCGAGCCCCUCCGACAGCUGGCCAAAGCUGACGGCGAGCUGAUGGUGGCCUCGAGCGCGUCGAAAAACUUCGGCCUCUAUGGCGAGCGGGUCGGCGCGUUGCACGUGGUCAGCAAACAAAGAAGUGCCAGCGCCGCGGUGCUCAGUCAGCUGAAGGUUUGCGUGCGCCGCAACUACUCCAACCCGCCUACCCACGGCGCCGCGUUGGCGACCACGGUGCUGGCCAACCCGACGCUGCGCGACUCCUGGCAAACCCAACUCGAGGCGAUGCGCCAGCGGAUCCACCGCCUGCGCCGCGACUUGACCGACGGGCUGGACCAGCGGGGCGUGCGUCUGAGCGCCGCCGGCAACGGGUUCAUCGCGCGGCAGAACGGCAUGUUCUCUUUCACCGGCCUGGAUCUCCAGCAGGUCCUGCGACUGCGCGAAGAGCAUGGCGUCUACGCCGUCGAUUCGGGGCGGAUCAAUGUCGCGGGCAUUCGCGAAAGCGAGCUCGACCGGGUCUGCGACGCGAUCAGCGCUGUUGCCGGAGCGCCAGCAGCUUCUGUCUCUUCCAGCUGA